AUGUCCUUGAAAACUUCAAUAAGUUCAAUAACAUCAUCAGAUCCGAUGUCCAAACCAGCAAGACUACAGGUUGAUAUAAAUUCAAUAGAAGAAAAUGAUAAACCACCUCCACAACAAAUUGGUUCAUCAACUUUUAAUAUAUGGUUUUUAAAAUAUUCAGGUGGUGAUUCAUCAGUAAUAAAUUCAUUUGUCAAAUCAAAGUUCAGACUAAAUGUUGAAAAAGAUCAAGGAUAUACAAGAGCAAGAAAUAAUUCUCCAAUAUGUUUAUUUUUCAGUAGAGGUUGUUGUUAUAUGGGAUCAAAUUGCAAAUAUUUCCAUUGUUUACCAAAUAAAGUCAAAGUAUCAAAUACAAAUCAAGCAGUUGAUUGUUUUGGUAGAAACAAAACUUCGGAUUAUAAUGAUGAUAUGGAUGGAGUUGGAUCAUUUAAUAGAAUCAAUAAGACAUUAUAUAUAGGAGGUUUAAUAAUGAAGCCAAAUAUUGAAGAAUUAAUGCUGAAGAAUUUUGAAGAAUUUGGAGAUAUUGAAAAAAUUAAAGUAAUAUAUAAUAAAAAUAUAGCAUUUAUAACAAUGAAGACUGAGAGUGAAGCACAAUUUGCAAAAGAAGCAAUGGAUAGACAAUGUUUAAUAAAUUAUGGCAAUAAAUCAUCAUCAUCAUCAUCAACCACCUCAACUAAUAACAACACCAACACCAAUAACAAUCCUUCAACAUUAACAUCAUUAAGACACAGUAAUAGUAAAGAAGUUUUACAUAUACGAUGGGCCAAUCUAGAUAGGAAUCCUGAUGCACAAGCUCAAGAUAAAAGAAAAUUUGAAGAAAUGGCAAUGGAAACUGUAAAGAGUAUGUUGAAUAAUAAUACAACAAAAAGAAUAAAAAUAAGUAAUGAACCAAAUAAAAAUGAAAAUAGUAAAAUUUCAUCACCAUCUGAAGUUGUAGAAGUUGAAGAAUUAGAUGAUUUAGAUGAAGAUGACGAGGAUGAAUCAGAUGAUGAAGGUGAAGAAGAAGAAGAGGAUGUAAUGGUUGAAGGAGUUCAAACGACCAAUAAUGAACAAAGUCAUAAAAAUCACCUCAAUCAUAAUGAUAUAACGAUAAACACAAAUAAGAAAAGAUCAUUAUCUAAAAAUAAUUAUAAUAAUUAUAAAUUUGGAUCAAGUGGUAAUUUUAAUGAUAACAGAUCAACAAUAGUAAAUAAUAAUAAUAAUGAAUCAGAUACCAAUAUAGAUUCAAGAGAUAUAAGAAAUGGUUAUUUUAAUGGUAAUGGAAUAAUAAAUGAUUCAACUUUUAAAAAUAUUGCAAGAUUGAAGAAAAAAUUAAAAUUUCAAAGACAUGAACCUUGUUUAGUUUCCGUAUUAUGUAAUUAUUCAAGUGAUGAAGAUGAUGAUUAA